AUGAUUUGGGAUGCGAUAGGUUAUGCUCCAAGGACACUAAAAGAACACUUAGGCUCUGUCAAAAUUUUGGCCUUUUCACCUGAUGGCACACAGAUCGCAUUUGGCUCUUGGGACAAGACCAUCACGCUUUGGGAUACCGGGACAGGUUAUCUUCGGAAGACACUGAAAGGACACUCACGCUCUGUCAACACUGUGGCCUUUUCGCCUAAUGGCAUGAAGAUUGUAUCUGGCUCCGGGGCACCCUACCGUAGGAACAGGUCUAGAUGA